AUGUGAUUAAAAAUUUCCUAAUAACCUAUGUGAUUUGUUAUUAUUGGCUAAAAUUUUCUUAAAAAUAUUUAUUACUAAUGCAGUUAAUGCUUAAUAUCGAUAAGGAAUAAGUAAUUUAUAGUAGGUUUAUUUAAAUUAUUUUUCUCAAAAUAUAAAAAAAGUAAGAGGACACAUUCGUCAAAAUGGUACAACAAAAGUACAACUCUUCACGUCUAACCCCAAAACAUCUAGAUCCAAAAUGCUUAAUGUUUUCUAUGUUUACUGCAAAUGAUAUAAGAAAUUUAAGUGUUACUAAAAUAAGAACGCCUUUAUCAUUUAAUAUUUUGGGACAUCCAUUGAAAGGAGGUUUAUACGAUCCAGCAUUAGGCCCUCUUUCGGAAAGUUCAGAUCCAUGUGCAACAUGUGGAUGCAAUAUAUUCAAGUGCCCAGGUCAUUUUGGGCAUAUAGAGUUACCUAUGCCAGUUGUAAAUCCAUUAUUCCAUAAAGGAUUAUGUAUGUUGAUUAAAUUAGCAUGUUUAAACUGUUUCACUUUACAAAUUCCACCUUAUGUGAAAUUGUUACUCUCUGCAAAAUUAAACUUACUUCAGCAAGGAUUUCUCAGUGAACUUGAUGGUCUAGAACAAGAAAUAAUGGUUGUUGCUGAUUUAAAUCAUACCGAUCCUUAUCAAGUUGAUACACAAGCUGUUCAAAAUGUCAUUGAUAAUUAUACUGAAAAUCUUUUCAAUAGACCAAAACUUAAUCAAUCUAUUGUACAAUAUGAUGAAAUUCAAUUAAACACUAAAAAUAUUAAUAUGCAAUGGCACACACACGUUGAAAACGUCAUUAAGCAAUAUGCAACAACUAAAAUUUGCAUUAAUUGUUUAAAAUCUAUUCCAAAAAUCACAAUAGUAAAAAAUAAAAUUAUGACAUCUAAAAUAUCAGAGUCAUCUAAUACUUCUACAACAGCACAAUUACGUAAAACAACACAUAAAUUGGAUACAGUAUUGAUAAUGCCAGAUCAAUCUAAAGAAUAUCUUAGAAAAUUUUGGCAAAAUGAGAAAGAUUUUUUAAAAGUACUUGUACCUUGCUUUGGAAUGGUAGAUAUUGAAUACCCAACUGAUAUAUUUUUUUUUGAAGUAAUACCAGUUCUACCACCUAUAGUUAGACCAGUUAAUUUUGUUAAUGGACAAAUGGUAGAACAUCCUCAAUCUCAAGUUUACAAGAGUAUCAUUCAAGAUUGUCUUGUACUUAGAAAUAUCAUUCAAACAAUUCAAGAUGGUGAUACAGAUCAAUUAUCAGAGGAGGGUAGACUUGUUUUUGAACAAAUAAAAGGCAAUACAGCAAUUGAAAAAUUACACAAUGCUUGGCAAAAUUUACAAGUAAAUGUGGAUCAUUUAAUGGAUCGUGAUAUGAACAGAACUACAGAUUCUGCAAAUUGCUUGGGAUUAAAACAAGUUAUGGAGAAGAAAGAAGGAAUUAUUAGAAUGCAUAUGAUGGGUAAAAGAGUUAAUUACGCUGCUCGUUCCGUCAUCACACCAGAUCCUAAUUUAAACAUAGAUGAAAUUGGUAUUCCUGAAGUAUUUGCAAUGAAAUUAACAUAUCCAACACCAGUUACACCUUGGAAUGUUACACAGCUAAGACAACUAGUUUUAAAUGGUCCUGAUAUACAUCCUGGUGCAGUAAUGGUUGAACACGAGGAUGGAAGUAUACAACGCAUCUCUAGUAAAGAUAUUGUCCGAAGAGAAGCUAUUGCAAAACGUCUUUUAACAACAAGUGACAAAGCAAACAAAUUUUUCAAAGGAAUUAAAAUUAUACAUAGACAUUUACAAAAUGGAGACAUUCUGUUAUUAAAUCGUCAACCAACUUUGCACAAACCCAGUAUAAUGGCUCAUAAAGCACGUAUUUUAAAGGGAGAAAAAACAUUACGUUUGCAUUAUGCUAAUUGUAAAGCUUAUAAUUCAGAUUUUGAUGGUGAUGAAAUGAAUGCUCAUUAUCCCCAAAAUGAACUAGCCAGAAGCGAAGGGUACCAUAUAGCCAAUGUGUCUAAUCAAUACCUUGUGCCAAAAGAUGGUACUCCAUUAAGUGGUCUCAUUCAAGAUCAUGUAGUUUCUGGUGUUCGUUUAACAAUGAGAGGAACAUUCUUUUCACGUGAAGAUUAUAUGCAACUAGUUUAUGCUGCUUUAUCUACAAUACAAGAUAAUAUAAUUGUUCUUCCUCCCAGUAUAGUAAAACCCAAACCUUUGUGGUCUGGUAAACAAAUUGUAUCGACUGUUAUCAUUAACGUUAUUCCACCAAAUCAACCACGUAUUAAUCUAACGGCAAAUGCCAAGAUCAAUGUAAAUGAAUGGCAAGUUGAAAAAGCACGGCGUUGGAAAUGUGGUAAUGAAUUUUCAGAUCCUAAAACAAUGUCAGAAGCUGAAGUAAUAAUACGAAAUGGAGAAUUGUUAUGUGGUGUACUUGAUAAAACACAUUAUGGUGCAACUCCAUUUGGUCUUGUACAUUGUAUUUUUGAAUUGUAUGGGGGGACAUGCUCUUCAAAAUUAUUAAGUGCCUUUGGUAAAUUAUUUCAAGCUGCUUUGCAGAGAAACGGAUUUACACUUGGCAUUGAAGAUAUUUUAUUGUUAAGAAAAGCAGACAAGAAACGUAAAGAAAUUAUUUCUAAAUGUAGAGAAAUUGGAGAAAAUGUCCAAAGAUCAGUGCUGGAAUUACCUAAUGAUACACCUAUGGACAUUGUUACAACUAAAAUUGAAGAACUUUAUUGGAAUGAUCCUAAAUUUCGUGUUCAAGUCGAUCGAAAAUAUAAAAGUGCAUUAGAUGUCUAUACUAAUGAUAUAAAUCGAACAUGUCUGCCAGCUGGUCUUUUAAAAAAAUUUCCAAAUAAUAAUCUGCAGUUAAUGGUUCAAUCUGGUGCGAAGGGUUCCACUGUAAAUACUAUGCAAAUAUCUUGUUUACUUGGACAAAUCGAAUUAGAAGGAAAAAGACCACCUUUAAUGAUCAGUGGCAAAAGUCUUCCAAGUUUCCCUGCAUAUGACCCUUCACCAAGAGCUGGUGGAUUUAUUGAUGGUAGAUUCAUGACAGGAAUCAAACCUCAAGAAUUCUUUUUUCACUGUAUGGCUGGCCGUGAAGGUCUCAUUGACACUGCUGUAAAAACUAGUAGAUCAGGCUAUUUACAAAGAUGUCUCAUCAAACAUCUUGAAGGAUUAAUUAUUAAUUAUGAUUCAACAGUACGAGAUUCAGAUGGUAGUUUGGUACAAAUUUAUUAUGGCGAAGAUGGGCUCGAUGUAUCAGGUUCACGCUUUUUAAAAAAGGAGCAAUUGAGUUUUUUAAUAAAUAAUAAAAAUGUGAUUCUUAAUGAAGAAAUAAUAAAAUACUUAAAAGAAAAUUCAGAUACAAGUACAAUUUUAAAAUUAGUAAAAAGAAUUAAAAAAUGGGAAAAUAAAAAUGGAAAUGCAUUACAAAAAAGGAGAAUUAAUCCAUUUACAAAAUUUUCAAGAGAAAAUAUGAACAUUAAACAAUCGAAGUACAUGGAAAUCAAUAAAAACAGUGGGAGAAGCAAAGCUGCUCUUUCAAUGAUGAAAAAGUGGAUAAGAACUAGUGAAGAAGAUAAAAAAUGGAUUUAUACUGAAUGUGCAAAAUGUCCUGAUCCAGUAAUGUCAAAAUAUAGACAAGAUAUAGAUUUUGGUGUACUUUCUGAAAGAUUAGAAAAUUUAAUAGAUGAAUAUGUAGCCAGCAAUUCUAUUAUGAAAAAAAAAGAUUUAAGAGAUCUUCUGUCUAUGAAAGUAAUGAAAAUUAUUUGUCCUCCUGGAGAACCAGUAGGUUUAUUAGCAGCACAAUCAAUAGGAGAGCCAUCAACUCAAAUGACUUUAAAUACUUUUCAUUUUGCUGGUCGUGGAGAAAUGAAUGUUACUUUGGGUAUACCCAGAUUACGUGAAAUACUUAUGAUGGCAUCGAAAAAUAUUAAAACACCUAGCAUGGAAAUACCAUUUCGAAAAGACUUGAAAAACAUAACAAAACGCGCAAAUAAAUUAAAAUUGAAGCUAACAAAAUGCAUUUUAUCUAAUGUUUUAGAUAAUAUUACUAUAUAUAGGAAAAUCGAACAAUGGCCACAUAGACAAUUAGUGUAUACCAUGACUGUUAAUUAUCUUCCAUAUAAAUCUUAUAAAUCCGAAUUUUGCGUUCAGCCACAUGAGAUAUUGAAAAAAACUGAAGAAGUGUUCUUUAAAGAAAUAUUUAAAGAAAUUAAAAAGAUUGCUAAAGUAACAAAUACUUUAUUACAUAUAGAAGAGGAAAAGAAAUCUAUGUAUGAAGACGAUGCUUUAUUAGAUCAAGCAGAAGUUGAUGAAGUAGAAUCCUUCAAAGCACGUUCAAAUUUAGGAGAAAUGCACGAGUCUUCAGAUGAAGAAAUAGCAGCAGAAGAUGCAGAUGCAACUUUACUACGAACAAUUUCACGUCACAAAGAAAACCAAGAAUAUGAAGAUCCAGAAGAUGAAGAAGAAAUAGAAGAUAUAAAUGAAAAAGUUGAUGAGAAUGAAAAUGAAAAAUUAGAAACUAACGAACAACAACAAAAUGAAGAUGAUGAUACAGAAAAUGAGUGUGUUAUAGAUGAAAUUUAUAAUAAAGAGAGAAAGAAGCAUAUUCAAAAUAUGUAUAAUAAUGUAAUAGAGUAUGAUUAUGACCAGAAUAAAUUCACAUGGUGUAAAUUAAAAUUUUCGUUACCUCUCAAGUUGUUAAAAUUGGACUUAUCAACAAUAAUUAGAAAUGUUGCAAAUAAAAUUGUCUUAUGGGAGGUGCCUUGUGUAAAACGUGCUUUUAUAUUUCAAAAUAAUGAUGGAGAAACAAUUCUUAAAACUGAUGGUAUCAAUAUAGUAGAAAUGUUCAAAUAUGAUAAUUCUUUACAUCUAAACAAAUUGUAUUCUAAUGACAUUUAUGCUAUUUCUCAAACAUAUGGUAUUGAAGCUGCUAACAGAGUUAUUAUAAGAGAAGUGAGAGAUGUAUUCAAGAUGUAUGGAAUUACAGUUGAUUCUAGACAUCUGUCUUUAAUUGCGGAUUAUAUGACUUUUGAUGGUAGAUUUCAACCUCUCAGUCGUAAAGGAAUGGAAGAUUCAGCAUCUCCAUUGCAACAAAUGAGCUUUGAAAGUUCCCUCAAUUUUCUGAAGAACGCAACUUUACAAGGAAAACGAGAUAAUUUAAUAUCUCCUUCUAGUCGAUUAAUGUUAGGCCAACCUUCUAAAUCUGGUACUGGAUUAUGUUCAUUAUUGGUAAAAAUACAGAAACAAUCGGACACUACAUUGUCAGUAGGUGGAUAAUGAGAAAUAAAUGGUUUUAUAUUAAGACUAAACUAUUAGAUAGAUGAAAUUAUGUACAUAAAUUUAAUUUUUUAUGACAGUAAAAAAUAAUUGUAUGUAUAUUUUUUAUAA